CUCAGCCACCUCCACCAUCGCCCUUCGCACUGCCCCAAUCUCGAUCGCACCCCCCUCUCCGUCGCCUGAAUCGUCCCGGCGCCCCAAUGAGUCCAGUGAACAGUCUCUGGUUCAAGUGGAAGAGCCUUCGCCUACCCUGGCGAAGAUCCUUCCUCGUCGGCUCCGAUCUCUCCGGAAACACCUUCUGGGAAUUCCGAGACAAGCUCAAUGCUGGGCGCUUCCGCCGCAUCGUCAAAACCGACCCCAAAACCCACUACAGCGAUGUCCAAGUGAGCCCCCAAUGGCACCAAUGGCUUCGCUACGUGCGCGCAGACCCCCCUUCCCUCGAAGAACAGCAACAAGACGUCAUCCGCCAGAUCCAGAUCAAGGAGCUCGCCCGACUAGCCGAUGAACGCUGGGCCAGCAAACCGUCUUACCUCGACAUGCCCAAAUCCCAGCAACAGCAACAGCAGCAACCGCUCCCCGCGACGAACACGAGUGACGCGACUGUGAACCAAGCAAGGAGUUCGCCGAAGGCUCCGGAUGCCAAACAAGAUCCGUGGGCGAAGGCCGCGGCAGGUAAUCCCGGUGAUAACUGGCAGCCUGAUUCGUGGAGUCCGAAUAGUUCGAAGAGAUGAGUAAGGGAUCUGGGGGGAGCUUGAUACGAGGGAGGCUUCGAUACUUGCCUCUGGUUGAGCUUCUUGUUGAAAAAUAUUAUUAGAUCUGUCACGCCUGAAGGCAUCUGGGUCGCCUUACCGGGCUUGCCAUCCGUUCCCGAUUUGCGGAACGCGCCCCUUGGAACAGCGAGUGGUUGGCGGGCGUUGUCGGACUGCUGCUGGCUUGGGUUGAUUGGGGAACCCUGGUUUGGUAUUGAUCAGUGAGGGGAUGUCUAUUUGGUCUUCUCUCGGGUCGAGAAACCAUCUGUAUAUUAUGAAUCGUUGUAUCAUGAACCGUGUAUAUUAUUUCCAUCCUACCACUCACUACACUAGAAACUUGUCUCUGGAUCAAAUCAAGAUGAUGUGGUAUAUUAUAGCCGCUGAACGCGCAACUU